AUGUACGCACCCCGUACUUCACCGCCGCCCAUGCGAUCGGCCUUCGCUCCGCAUAUCGCCCCUCCACGACAUGGCAGCCGCUCUGAUUCAGGCUCGGGUUCACGACUACCACUGUUUUUCCGACGGAUGAUCAAAUUCCCUCAGAUGGACUUUGAGGUUUGCUGCAUUCGUGUUAAUAGCUCCCAAGGAAGUCAUUCGAACAAUAUACCAUCACGUAGGGAGUCCUGGUUUGAUGUGUUCUAGAGAAGGUCACUAACCGAUGGAUUUCUUGGAAACGUACAUCUCACUUCCCUUGUUAGUAUUACUUCAACAAUCAAUCUAACGUGUUUACUUUCCCUAGAAACGAAAAACACCUGGUCUCGUGAUCACCCGUCGUUCAUCGUUCUCCUCACGUCUUUCCUGACGCUCACUUCCCUUGCCUUGGGGCUUGCAUAUACUCCGGAAUUCGCUUCCAUCAUGAGGUUGAUGUUUUCACUAGUAUUUCUGCACUUUUUGCUCACCUCCGUGAUGUUUGCGUUGGCAGGCUACAUAAUGUGCCGGAAUUUUCUGAAGGUACCGGGAACGGGUGGCCUUGGAAGGGCUGGUGUUGUGGCCGGCGAAGGAGAAAUGGAGUUCAUGUACUGUCUCGAGAUAGGUGUUGGGGCCUUCUUCCCGGUUUGGGUUUUUUUGUAAGCCCUCUAUCUGUGAUGGUGGCGCUCGAUCGCUCGGGCAUAGGACGGCUUUGCUAAUAGCUCCUUGGGAAUAGGUAUGUUAUACAAUUUUUAACGAUGCCGGUAUUGACAGGGGAUUAUUGGUAAGUCUUAUCUGUCCCACACCUCGCGCGGCAGUCUUCUAACACAGUAGACAGGAUAUCGAUAUUCCUGGGAAACUCCUUAUAUCUGGUUGCAUUCUCGUUCUAUUGUGUUAUCACCUUCCUGGGAUACAAUGGUAAGUAGCUCCCAAACUGUCUCUCAAUUAAGGGGUUGGCGACUGACCCGCCCGUCAUCGUAUGGAUAGCACUUCCCUUUCUGCGUCACACGGAAGUAAUGCUAUUUCCCGUAUUCGUCCUGGUGGUUCUGUGGGUGGUUGGUUUGUUUGGCAUCAACUUGACUAAACAUAUCGUGCCAAUUCUCCUACCUGUGAUGGGGAAGAUAUGAUAUCGCUCCUUCGUCCCCCGGAGAAUCGAUUUUUUCCUGUCCUUUGAGCUUAGCGGAAAAACAAAAAAUGAUAAAGAUUUGGCAUUACGAGGUGUUCUAGUGUUGAGCGGAUUUCCCUUUUCAUUUAUCUCUUUCCUUAUUAACAAUUUGAAGGUAAUUUUUUCUAUUUGUGUAUUAUUAUACCUUCGCGGGUGGGCCGGUGGGGUUGGGUGCCGGUGUCAUGAAGUGGGGUUAUUCAUCGUCUGUCGUAUCCCCUUGGUGCAUACCCGCGGCAUCACGAGAUGUGCGGGGCAUAUUGGAGAGAUGGAAUGCAUGACGAUGAUGAAUCACCAUGGUUGCUGGAACAAUGGAUGCAAGUGGUUCGGAAAUGAAUCGGCGAAUAGGCACCGGGGAACCCACUGCGGGACUGCCUCUUCUCGAGUCCGGCAUUUCUACUGGGUGGCUUUGGAUACCAUUACUGCGAUGAGUGUAAUGCGAUUUAAUGUCGAAGCGGAAAUGAUACAACAUUUUUUAAGAU